AAGUUAGUCUGAGUGGGUCGUUCGUAUCACGUUCACGUGCAGACCGCGAAGUUCCGUCGAACAGCAGAAGUAGUAAAUGAAAAUUGUUAAAAAAAUUGUUAUAGUUAAACAGUCUACAUAGUUCUAAGCUAGUAAAGCUAGUAUCAAAUUGGUGUGCGUGAAAUACGAAUCUAAUUUGAACGACAAAGUUAUUAUCACUAUAAAAGCCACAGUUGCCGUGUUACAACGAGUUGAAUAUUCUUUAUUAUAAUAAAUCGUAACUAAUAAAUUGUUAUAUUGUGAGCCUCAUAAUAAAUAAAGGUUGUAAAGGAAAAUCAAUAGUUGUGACGAGACGACGGAUACAUUCCAAGAGCAGUUUCCACCGUCUGUGAUACUCGAGUAUAUCCGAAGGGAAGAACAUGUCGAUCAUCAAAAAUAAUAACCAUGCAUCGUUAUCGGACGAGGAAAAGGAUGAGUAUGCAGAUGGAAGUGUUAAGUUACGAAAUCCAAACAUCGAAUUGAUGGACCAAGAUAUUCUCUAUCAUUUGGCGCUGGGAAGCGAAAGUCACGAUCUACAGGAAAUGUUUGGUGACGUAAAAUUCGUCUGCAUGGGAGGAACACCAAAACGUAUGGAAAAUUUCGCACAUUUUAUUAUGAAUGAAAUUGGAUAUAAAUUGCCUGCCGGUACACAACUUCAAGACAUAAGUGCUUUUUCAUAUCGAUAUUCAAUGUACAAGGUUGGGCCGGUGCUAUCGAUUAGCCAUGGAAUGGGGACACCUUCAGUAAGCAUUCUUCUACAUGAAAUCAUCAAACUAAUGUACCAUGCCAAAUGCAAGGAUCCUGUAUUUAUUCGUAUUGGCACGUGUGGAGGAAUUGGAAUCGAAGGCGGUACAGUUAUUAUAACAGAAGAAGCAUUAGAUGGACAUCUGCGAAACUCCCAUGAAUUUACUAUUCUUGGAAAAACAGUUCAUCGCCCCGCCAAGUUGGAUAAAAAGUUGGCCCGUGAACUCAAAUCCUUGUCAAGUGCCGAUGAUCCGUAUGACACCAUUAUCGGAAAAACAUUGUGCACAAACGAUUUUUAUGAGGGUCAAGGACGUUUGGAUGGUGCCUUCUGUGAAUUCAGUGAAAAUGAAAAAAUGGAAUAUUUAGAGAAAUUGAGGGACUUUGGGGUUGUGAAUAUUGAAAUGGAAAGCUCAAUAUUUGCUGCUUUAACACACUAUGCUGGCAUUAAAGCUGCCAUAAUCUGUGUAGCUUUACUGAAUCGACUUAAUGGGGACCAGGUUAAUUCACCCAAAGAAGUUAUGAAUGAAUGGCAACAACGACCACAAAUGUUAGUUUCAAGAUAUAUUCGGAAAGUUCUUUCCCACCAAGGGCAGCUGAAAUCCUUCUACAGUCAGCAUGGAUCCAUAAAAUCCCCAAGGCGCUUCAAGUUAGUUCAGCAAGAAUCUCAGGCACAUGAAUAAUUCAUAUAAACAUGAUAUAAUAAAUCUACUCGUCAUUAUAAAUUCAAACUGUCACUAACUGGGCUUAAUUUAUUGAAAGGGUAUUAUUAAAUGCGAAUUGAUUAUUUUCGCUUAGUCGUGCAUUUAAGAAAUAAGUUUAAUUUCCCAGAAAAGGCUAAAGAAAUCACAGUUACUAUUUUACGUGAGCAUAGUUUGUUAAUGCAUUUGUAAUAUUUUAUGUUGAGUAAUUUGCUGAAAUAAGGGUUAAUAUAAAUUUCCAAAACAGGUCGAAUGUGAAUGGUGAUGAGAAUAAUGUUGUAAGUUUUACAAAAAGAAAUCCUAAGCAUUGAGUUAAUUUAUGUUAUAAGUUAUAUUAAUAAUUCAAGUUUAUCUGUUUGAUACAUAAACAUGUAGAUGUAUGUAAAUAAUAAAAUGAUAUUUCUAUGUAUUGCAAACAAAAGUAUAUAUUGGAAUUACAUAUGUUCUUCGGAGCUGACCCCUUGGUAGAAGUGGUUGGUUAUUUGCUACAAAGCUCUGCUACUUUAAGUUUCGGGUGUUUAAAAUUGUGUUAUUGAAUAUUGAGUAGGCGCAGCUACUGCCCACAUGCACUAUUCCGGUAAAUAUCAAACUGUGCUGUCGAUAAAGGAAUCACGCCACAACGUUAUCGGAAGUAGCAGAGAAAAGGCCUAAAAUGAGAGAUUUUUCGCUGUUUGAUUAAUAAUUUGCUUGUAUAAGCAAAAAAAGAAAUUGGAAGAUGCGAUAUCGUAUUUCUCUAUGAUAUUUGGAAUUCUAGAGUGAUAGCCAAUAUUUCCAGUAAUGGAAUUAAGGAAGGUUUUUCUUUUUGGUCACAAAGUGGUUUAUUAAGCAAAUAGCAUGUUUCGAGAAUCAGUUGUUUUCUUUUUCAGCGGAUCAGUGAAGAAGGAACAACUGAUUCCCGAUAGUUGAUAUUUCUUUAAGAAAUCAUUUUGCAGCCACUUUUGUUGAUAAGUUCGACAUCACAGCGUAAUUGGGUGGAAUUCGAAUAUGUAAUAGCAAAUUCAAAUCUGUGGCUGCAUGAGGAGGAUUCUUAAUGAAGUGUUAGCUUCCUUUUUUGUCAGUUAGUAAAAGAAAGGGUUAAUCAACCAAAUAAGCAUUAUAUUCUAUUCCCUAAAGUAUUAAACUUUGUGGUUUCCAGCAGCCAUAAAUCAUUUUGAUGAUAAUGUAUCUGCUGCACCGCAUUUGUUAAAGUAUUUUUUUCUGCCCACUAUAGUUUUUUGAACUCAUUUGAUGAAAAAGUCCAUAAUAAGUAGUGAAGCUCGCGGAAAUUUUUAAAUGGGGUGGUGUAGCAUCGUUAAGUAUAAACUGUGUUUUUAGCAAACGUUUAAAUGUAAAUCAAUAGAUCCCUUGCUUCUAAGAGCAUUUAUUAAAUGAUCGCGUUCGACAGCAUGAGUGGAACAAUUAACAAUCAACUCAUUGUGAAAAAAUUUAAAGAACCCAAUCGACACACACAAUUUAUUUUUCCUAGUAUUUUGCAGAAGUUAAGCUAUUAUUAUUAUUAUUCUGUUAAGGGAAAGUCGCACCGCGUCCUUAAAGAACUAUUGUGCCCCUUUUACUGGUUAUAGUGUACCUAUUAAUUAGAGUAUCUCAAACAAGCCUAUAACCGUCCGGAACGUUAGUAUAUUCCCUACUUCAAGAUCUGUGAACUUUGCAUCUGGUAUUAAGUGUUGUCCCAGAUACUUCGACCUACCUUGCGCAAGUGCCGGACACUAUUCCAGGACGUGCAUAGAGGUUCCAUCACACUCCGCACAAAACCUGCAGGCAGUCCGCGUAGAUAUCCUUUAGGUUAGCUAAUGGAGUUGUCGCAUUUGGGGAACACGCUGUCAACGGAUGGCUACGUCUAAAACGGGGUUGAGCAAACUUUCAAUAUUAGAUAUACAAUUUGAGUUGAUCAUAACGCUCCUCUAAACAAAAGAAUUGCAAGAGCUCUGGAUUAUCUCGUUUACAAUAAAUACUAUUUAUUAAUGUUUUGGUGAGCAUCACUAACCGAUAAUGUUCUAUUAUCUUAUCAAAAGAGCAGUACAAAAUAUGUGUUUUUUGACACAAUCAAAAUAUGCAUAUGUAUGUAUAUUUUUCGCUCCAUUCUGAAUAAUCCAAAAUGAGCACUUAACCAACAGCAUAAACCAUUCUACAGUGAACUACUUUCAACUUCCUGAGAUAAUCUACAGGGAAACGCAAUAUCAAUUCAAAAAUUGCUAAAAGCCAAAGCAGUUGCCCUGGACUCGGUAAAAAGUAAGGAAUAUCAGGUUAAUAACAAACAUACAUAUAUACUUGAAAAAAAUUGCAGAGAAGAGAUAGUACAUACAUUACAGCAAAAUGCAAAAUAUUUGUUUAUGUAAAUUGCGUUAAACCUUUGCGUGUUAAAUCGCACAGAUUAAAAUUGAAUUCCUUGGGAAAACAUAUUUAUAAGUAGAGGAUCUAAGUGAUCCACUCAUUGACUUGGACAACAAAACUAAUAUCGUAUCAUAAACUAUAAAAAAAUUAAAUGAAACAUAAAAGAAUAAACGAAUUGAAUAAUGCCUAUAGUUAGAUGUUAUUUUGCACAAUAAUGCCUAUUAUUAAAUAAUGUUAUUGUUACCAUUGUUAUUGCAAACAUUUAGAAUAAUGGAAACCAUUCACCCUCUAUAUAGUGAAUGAAUACUCAAAGGAUUCCUGACUUGAUAAGCUCGAUUUGACUAGAUCGAGGUAUUCUGAAAAAUGGAAAUGGAACCUUUAAAAAUAUCAAUAGCGAACUAAUGAAUUGUCAUAUCUCUCUUUAUGAAGAAUAUACUUACUAAUACAACUAAUACCGUAAAUUACUUCGUCCUUAUUAUUAUACCUACACUUUUUGUAAUCAAAUGUUACGAAAAAAUAAUAAAUUUAUUUGUUUUUCCUAAUAUAAUCUUGCCAAAUUUUCAUGUUUCAUAUGAAGAGUAAUGUUAGAAUGCAUAUCGGUGGAAAGUGAAGUACGAACGUUUUUAAAAUUGAUCGUGAACUUUUAUUAUGCGGUGUAAAAGAAAUUUUUAGAUAAUAUAAACCGCAAAUGGUCAAACCCAUGACUCCAAUUUUGUGUCACAAUGUUUCUACAAGUAACAGAUUGAUAGAUUCAUAAUUUGCUCCAUUAAUCAUGGCAUUAAAGCAUGUUGUGGUGAUGUUUGUACUGCCAUUAUAUAAAAGUGUCUAAAAUAAGAGUAUUUGAAGCAUUAAAACAUAUACCAUUUUAUAAUCUCUGGAAGUUUACUAACUUAUAAUGGCAUUUCUGUGCUGAUCAUCAGCCUAGAGCAAUAGUCUCCAUAAACAGCAAAAUUCAGGAAUCGUGCAUGAAAAUAUAAGAUUAAUUACGCAUUCAAUCUUUAUGUUAACAUGUGUGCAUUUCAGAUAUUUAGUGCAUGCAGUCAAAAGUGAAAUAAAUUAAUAUGGUGAAUAUUCACUAACUAUUGGAAAGACCUCGAAAUACAUCAAUGAACUUCUUUAAUAAUUCUACAACACAUUAAAAAGUAAUUCACCAAAUUUUAAAAUUUCCUACUUAUAAUCACAAAAACGCUUAAAUAAAAAUCAUUAACUCAAGAGUAAACAGUCUGCACAUAACAAAGAGAAAUUGAUUUAAAUCUAUUGUGUAAAAGAAAAAACUUUCGAUUUGUAUUAGGAGUUUUUUGAUGGUAUUUUGAUCAACGUUAUAUAAUCUGAAUUAAAGCCCACUAAAUAAAAGUUGUAUGAUUUAAAAACAAGAGACAUUUUGUUACGAUAUUGCAUUAAAACGUGUUUGUUGUAUUUGUAAAUAAAAUAAUAUUAAAAAGACUUCGUAAGCAA